UCGUAUUUCUGCCGUUCAUGCGCUAAAUGUUGCAUUACAUGGCUUUUCUGAGAAAUACAGCAGCAUUUGGUUGUUUUUGGUCCUGUUCACAUUAUUUCUUAAACAGGGGAAGACCUUUCCCACGGGCUUUGGUUAUUGCCUUGGAUUCAUUAUUCAAAACAACUUCAGGUGGUCCAUAUUCACAUCGUCUCAUGUCAGGGCAUACCAAUGGAGCUGAAAGCAGCAGUUCUCACCUGGAGAGGACAGAACAUUCACCAAGGCACGAGUUUUUAGUACAAGGCACAGUAACAGAGAUGACUCAGUUGUCAAAGACUGUUAAAGGACUUUCCUUAGAGGUUAAAGACAGCAGAUUUGCAUUUAAAAGUGGACAAUGGGUGGAUUUCUUUAUUCCAGGAGUACCUACCGUGGGUGGGUUUACCAUAUGUUCCAGCCCCAGGCUUCUUAAAGAAAAAAGAUCCAUAGACCUUGCUGUCAAAUAUAGUGAACAUCCUCCAGCACUUUGGGUUUGCACAAAGUGUCAAGUUGGCAGUAAAGUUCUCAUGAAAGUUGGGGGAGAAUUUUAUUUCGAUCCAAAUCCGGAAGGCCCCAGUCCAGAUCUGCUUCUGAUUGGUGGUGGUGUUGGAAUAAACCCAUUGUAUUCCAUUGUGCAACACGUUGCUGACAUUUCCUCUGAUACUCCACCUCAGUAUAAUGGAAAAACAGUGCUCCUGUUUAGUGCAAAAAACCACGAUGAACUGCUCUACAAGGAAAAUUUCUUGGAAAUUUCGAGAAAGUACCCUUCUAUACUCAGCAAGUUUUUUGUCACAGAACCAGAAACUGAUCCACAGACCAACUUGAACAGUGCACAAUGUGAACGUGGUCGUAUCGACGAAUCGCGAAUUCAGGAAGCUCUCUCCUCUCUGGACAGGAGAAGAUUAAUUUGUUACAUCUGUGGUCCUCCCCCAAUGAUCCAACGUAUGUCUGAAAUUUUAUACAAGAUGGACAUCGAGGAAAGCAGUAUACACUUUGAGAAAUGGUGGUAGUAAAACUUGAAGAUUCUUCAUAUAUAGGUACGACAGAGAGCAAUAGAGAAAACUGUGACAAUUUCGUGAGCGAGUGACAGUCAACAUCGUCAGAAACAUUGUAUCAGAGAAAUGCGUAAUUUCUAAAAGUAAGGAGCAAAUUUUUUAAAUAGACAUUUAAAUUCUUUCUGGCCAUUUUGAUCAAGUAUUCGACGAAGAAAAAAUACGUUUUGGCAAACCUUUGUCAAAACGGUUGAGUCUUUAGAAUUUGAUCAACCCCAAAAAUUAUUUGCAGCGCGAGCCUUUAUAAAUAUAACAUUAUUGUCUCGCCUGUGGUAAAAGAGCUAUUUUAAAAUUACGUUGCGCAUAUUGCAUUUUAUUUCAUAAAUUUAUUUAAAGGAGCACUCUUACGAAACCGCCCCGAAAAAUUCAGUUAUUU